AAAAGCAAACCUGAGACUGCAACAGCACAUGUUAUUACACAAUCUCUUGUUUUGUAACUGACAAAUUACAUCUUUAAUCUUAAAAAUAUACAAAUCCAAUUUGAUAAUAUUAAGAAAAAAGUGAUAAAAGCAGCUUCUUAAUCCACUUCACUGUCGAUUAAUUAAUUAUAAGCAAUCAAAGUAAUGACAGAACAAUAUUUAGAGGUAAAAGGUGCAAAAAUUUUCUACGAGGUUGAAGGGAACGGCCCUUAUAUCCUAUUUGUCCCUGGCGCAAAUGGUGACCAUCGAGUAUUUGUACGCAUAAGAAAACUUCUGGUUAGAUACUUUACUGUUGUUCUGUACGAUCGACGUGGAUACUCCUGCAGCAAGAUUAUAGGACCUCAAGAUUAUUCCAAUAAUGUUGAAACUAAUACCGAGGACAUACAUACGUUGAUGAAUCAUUUAACAGAUGAAUCUUUUUCAAUAUUUGGUAUCAGUGGUGCCGGGUCUAUUAUAUUUAACUAUCUGAAUACUUACCCUGGAACAGUUCGCACUGUUUUUGCCCAUGAACCCCUUACUUUUUUGAACAUUUUUCCGAAUGUAAAAGAAGUUCAAGGUUUUUACAAUGCAUUGUACCGGGUUUUUCACAAAGAAGGCAAAAAUGCAGCUGUGAUAAUAUAUGGGAAGAAGUUUUUCAAUGCCUUAGAUCACAACCUAUUUGUUCGUAAUUUAAAUGAGGAUGAAAAAGUAAAAACCAACUGGGAUUACUUUUUUGAGCAUGAAUUUUGUGAAGACCCGUUCGUUUGCGUUGAUUUAGAUUUGCUAAGAACUCACAAGGAAAAGUUGAUAUUUUUACACGGCGAAGAAUCAAUUGGAUAUCUCUGUUAUGAACCGGGUGCAUUUAUCGCAAAAGAACUAGGAGAAGAAACAAUUCAGUUUCCCGGUGGUCAUAAUGGAUUUUACACUCAUUCGAAAGCUUUUGAAAUAAGUUUUAUAAAGCUUUGCCAAGAAAUUUCCCUCGUAGAAUAUCAUCCAAAAAUUUAGUAUCUAACAUUCAUGUUUCUCUUGACAGGUAUAAAUUUUUAUAUAAUAAACAUCAUUUUAUUUUUAACUUGUGAUGAAUUAAUU